AUGACACUCUUCUUCAUGAUUCUUCUCCCCCAUCUCGUCAUCGGCAACAGCAACACCUUCAGUGACAGCCGCAACUGGCACAUCAGCGUCGAGUGCGCCAUCCGUCGCUUCGAGUUCAUCUACCCGACCGGCCUGCGCGCCAACGUCUACCCAGCGACCGUCAUCUUCGGCAUGGCCUUCUUCGUCGCGCUGCUGCUCGGCGAGUACAAGGAGCGCCUCGAGGACAUCUACGAGGCCGACUGGCUGCUGAGCUUCGGGCUCGCCGUGCUCCACGUGGUCACGGGCCGCGGGCGCCGCGUCGGCCGGCAGACGCGGUGGUACCACGCGAUGCUGAAGCGGGUCGAGGCGCGGCGCAAGCUGCACACGGCGCUCAAGAUCCUCGAGCACAAGUGCCGCUACUACCGGCUGUACUUUGUCAUAGUGGACGAGGUCGGCGAGUCGUUUGCGCUGCAGCUCGUCUGGCUGCUCUUCUACUUCAGCUUCGGCACCGGCCAGCUGUUUGCGGUGCUGCGCAACCAGCACGAGGCCAUGUCGUUUGGCUUCAGCUUCGGGCAGCUGAUGCCGCUGCUUCUGUUCAUGUUGCCUAUCCUCGCGGGACUCGAGAUCUUCGCAGACGAGUCCGAAAUGCGCACCAUCAUCGAGCAGGACUCAACCAACCCCAACUGCAACGACGUGACGCCCGAGCUAAACCACGAGCUAAUCCACGCCCGCAAGAACUCAAUCUACGAGACGAUACGCAUGGAGGCUCUCCAGGAGGACCGGCGCGACCGCGGCGAGCGGCGCUACUCGGCCGAGCUGUGCGUGGGCGAGAUCCGCGCCUCGCUCGACUGGCUUCUGGACCAGCGCCACGACGAGGGCUGCUGCGAGGGCAACCUGGUGAGUAAGGCGGCCGUUGACGACCUGUCGCUGGAGGAGGCCACGUGUGGCUCAUGUGCUAUACAGAACUUUCCCUUGGUGUACUCUCCCGACUUCCUUGAGAACCUGGCCGGACGAGUCAACUUGUUCGAGCUCACGCGCCGCAUGUACAAUCCCGCUGCCGUGACGGCCGGCAUGCAUUUAUAUCUUUUGUCGUCUUUCCUCAUGACGGAGAUCUGGGUCAUCUUUUUCUAUGUUCCCAUAUAUAGCUGGAACGUCGGUUCGAUGACUGCCUCCCUUAUCGCUACUUUCGUCAUUACAUUUGGGGCUUUCAUGAUGGUCAUUCUAAAUUGGUUAAUUUCACUUGCUAGAUAUUAUAGGAAUAUCGUCAUGCUGCAUAGGGAGGAAGACUUUGUUUCGAAAUGA